AUGCCAACAUCUUCUUCUUCUUCUCGAACACUACCGAACAAUCUGCAUGGCAAAUUUUUGCAUAUCACGGACAUUCAUAUUGAUCCUCACUACCAAGAUGAAGCAACAAUCAAGUCAGGGUGCCAUCGACAAGCCAAGAAGCAUCACAACAAAAAGAAGCGAAAGGGCAAGUUGGCAGGGUAUUGGGGAUCUCCAACCAGCGGUUGCGAUGCCCCACCACGUUUGGCAAACCACGUUAUCGAUUGGAUCGCAGACGGUUGGAAGGAGGAGAUCGAUUUCAUCGUUUGGACAGGCGACAAUGCCAGAACAAUUCCCAUUAUUCCAUGUAUAGGCAAUAAUGAUGUACACCCCCACAAUCAAUUACAAGAAACGGUCAAUAUACUAGAAACAUAUAGCGAAAUGUGGCGCGAUUUCAUUCCUGCCGACCAAUUACCCACGUUCCGACAAGGCGGCUACUAUGCCAUUGACGUAGCGCCCGGACUGCGCGUGUUGGUACUCAACACAUUGUACUUUUAUGAUUCAAACGAUGCCGUAAAAGGAUGCGAGAAACGGAAGGGCCCCGGCCAUGACCAUUUAGAAUGGAUACGCGCCCAACUAGCCACGGCUCGACGCGACCGUGCCCGCGUGUACAUGAUCGGUCAUGUUCCACCUUCUGAGCGCACAUUCUACUCUAGCUGUCUUGAUCUCUACACCGACGUAUCCUUGGAAUAUCGCGACAUCAUUGGCGGCCACAUGUAUGGUCAUGUCAACAUGGAUCAUUUUACCGUUUUACAAAAAGAGAACAACAACAAUUAUGACUGUGAUCCAACGGAUGAUGAUGACGACGAUGACGUUCAAGUGGACUUGACAAUGUUAAAGAAAUCGGAUCUUCGCAAACAAUACAAAAAGGUCAGAGAGAACGAACCUGCAGUGGUCAUCCACGUGGCACCCCCGAUUCUACCGGUCUAUAAUCCCGGAUUCCGUAUCAACGAAUACAAUACAGACCCAUCCUCUGCCGACUUUGGUGUCUGGAUCAAAUACACCCAAUAUUAUUCCGACUUGAAUGAAUACAACAAUAAGCAUCGCCCGGAACUCGAGCCUCCGCAAUUUCAAAUCGAAUAUGCGACGGAUGAGGAGCCUUACAAUAUGAAGGAUUUGUCGGCAGAAAGCUGGGUGGAUCUGGCUAAACGCAUGACACAAAAGGGGUCGAAAAAGUCCAAACAUUUAUGGAAGACGUUUAAAAAGAACAUGUUUGUACAGACUUGA